AUGAGUGAAAUACAAAGGCGUGAAGCUUUCCCCAACAUCACCGCCACCACCACCAUCCAGAUCAGCGAAGCAGGAGUCCUCAACAUCCUCUGCGUUACAACAGACCCAAACGCAGCGACGUUUUUCGGCUUUGCAUACGCCGAUGAUUACAGCACCAUCACCACCAAUCCCCAACUCGCAGUACGGGUCCGGUCCAACACCAACCCAUCCUCCGAAGGCGACUUCACCUGGUCUGUUGUAUCAAAGUUAGAUGGCUCAAAACUGAACGGUUACCCCGACGCAGUGAACGGCGUUGAUUACUCGCGCGCCAUAAACGCAGAGCUCGUCGUUACAGUGUUUGGUCGACACGCACCACACACCUCCCUAUACCGGCACCGAGGUCCCCUUCAGGAUUCGAUACAGUCCUACAGGAACAACGGAGCCCGGAUCCAUAGACCUGACAAGAGCGCAUUCUAUACGCUUUCAGCUCCCAGCACCUCCAUUAUCUUGGGCCCGGUCGUGGAGUUUGACGCUGAUGUCAUUGAAAUGGAAUACUUUGUACCCAUCGGCCCCAGAUCUGGAGCCUCAACUUUUGGAUUGAUCAAGAAAUACAACGAUAUGUUUGCCUUUGAUAAUGAUGACGAUCUCCGAUACACGCAUCUGAUCAAGGAUAUCAAAGUCUCAGACACUUCAACCAGCAACCUAUAUCCUGUCUUGCCAUCAGAUCCACCUUCAGAGGGACAACACUAUCGGCAGGAGGCAUCGUCGGGAUUGCUGCUGGAGAGGAACAAGGAUAUUAUCGCCAUUUCGAUCCUCGACAAGGAAAAAAUCGCUUCUGACGAGGACAACAACAGCAGCAUCUCUUCCAAAAAGAUCGGCGAUGAGGGCGACGGCCCUACUCCUUUAUUCCUCGAAGGAAAGUACCCCGACAGCAGUCACAGAGAAAGACGAGCACCAUCAUACACCGACAAUCUUCCCAUGGCGCCCACCACACCCGUGCCAGAACGCCUGCAGGAUCAAUUAAAAGAGCUCCAGGCCGAGAUGCAAGCCCUUCAGGACCGGACCUCACAAACAACUCAAUUUUCCAGUCAUCCCCGACCGAAUUUCGUCACGACCAUCUCCUACGACAGGGCGCCAGCAACAGCAACAACAACAACACCUGAUCCCUCCGAACCACAGACAAGAGUUUUGACAACAUUGAAAGGACCUUGA